GACGGGGUAAAGGUCAUACGUCACCAACACAAACCCCUGGGUGUUCUAGAUGAUCAUCGCGACCCCCAGGCCUGACGAUGUCGCCCCUGUGUCGCUCAGACUCAACUCCGAGAACAUGAACACUUUCAUUCACACUUUUUUCUCCGUCAUCCCAUCGAUAUGAGGCUGGCCUUUGUGUUCGGCCAGUUCUGUCCCCGACCCGGCGUCCGCCCUUCCAUACCGAUCUCGUCUCUUCACAGGGCGUUUGUCUCCCAGCCAAACGCAGGACGCUGGUGGUCGACUUCACGCAAUAUAGCUGGCCGGAAUUCCACAUGGCGGGCAUACCGCUCUUCGCGGCGAAUACACUUGCGAGCCGGGGGCGCAGCUGCUUUGGGCACCGCGGCCUUCUUCGAACUUGCCCAGGCGGAUAAUGGGGGAACAGACAAGACUGGCGAGCGUCGCAUGCUCGAGGCGAGCAGGGCCGAGAUGCACAAGACGAUUAGGCACGAUGAUGGGGUUCUCUCGAAGCUGUGGCACGGUCUUGUUAUCGUGGUAGAUCGCUACAUCGUCGAGCCUUUCUGCACCGCCCUGCGAUUUCUACACCUCGUCGGCAUCUUCGUGCCUGUCAUUGUCGCCGUCCCAGCUAUCUGGUUUGGCCCUCGACAGCCCGAUCGAGAUAACGAGAGGAGUGGGACCUUGUGGUGGUAUGGCUUCUUGGUCCAGGCGAUGGAAUGGGCUGGGCCGGCAUUCAUCAAGCUAGGACAAUGGGCGGCGUCGCGAUCCGACAUCUUCCCGAACGAAAUGUGCGACAUCAUGUCCAAACUCCACUCCAACGCCCCCGCGCACUCGAUGCAUGAUACGCGACGGACCAUAUCCGAAGCCUUCCAUGGCCGGAGCCUGGAAGAAGUCUUCCAAGAGUUUGACGAGACGCCCCUCGGCGUCGGCGCCAUUGCACAGGUGUACAAGGCCAAGCUAAAACCACAGCUUGCCGCUGCAAGCGAUGCCGAGCUGAGCCGGGAGGAAGAACCAAUUCCACUUCGACGCAAAGUUGCCCGCAAUGUCGGAACGGCAUUGAAGAGCACCCCGAAGCACAUCCCUUCAUCGUACGUCGCGGUCAAGGUGUUACACCCGCGCGUGGACCGAAUCGUCCGACGAGACCUCCGCAUCAUGCACUUCUUCGCGUCGGUCAUCAACGCCAUCCCUACCAUGGAGUGGCUUUCGCUGCCCGACGAGGUAGCCCAGUUCGGCGAGAUGAUGAAGCUGCAACUCGACUUGCGUAUCGAGGCGGCGAACCUCGCCACCUUCCGCAGGAACUUCCGCGGCCGCAGCACGGCCUGGUUCCCCUAUCCCUAUACCGACUUCACCACCCGGAACGUGUUGGUCGAAGAGUACGCGCAGGGCAUCCCGCUGUCCGAUUUUAUGGAGAACGGCGGCGGCGUCUUCCAGCACGACAUUGCGCAGGAAGGGCUGGAUGCCUUCCUGCGGAUGCUUCUCAUGGACAACUUUGUCCACGCCGACCUGCACCCGGGCAACAUCAUGGUGCGGUUCUACCAGGCCGAGCAGCCCAGCCUCAGCAUCCGGUCCUCGCCGUGGCACCAGGGGGAAGGCAUCCACACCGGGGAUUACCCUGGCCAGGAUGGCCAAGACGUCACGGAACACGUUCUCGCGCGCCUGCGGCCUUACCGGCAUCGCAAGGACCCGGACGCCUGGAAGGCGGAGCUCGCCAAGAUCGACGCCGAGGGGUACCGUCCCCAGCUCGUCUUCAUCGACACGGGUCUCGUGACGGAGCUGAACGCCUCGAACCGCACCAACUUCCUCGACCUCUUCCGCGCGGUGGCCGAGUUUGACGGCUACAAGGCCGGCAUCCUCAUGUGCGAGCGGUCGCGCCAGCCCGAGUCGGUGAUCGACAAGGAAGUGUUUGCGCUCAAAAUGCAGCACCUCGUCCUCGGGGUCAAGAGCCGCACGCUGGCGCUCGGGAACAUCCGCAUCGGCGACAUCCUGCAGCGCGUGCUGGGCAUGGUGCGCGGGCACCAUGUCCGUAUGGAGGGCGAUUUUGUCAACGUGGUCAUCAGCAUCCUGCUCCUUGAGGGGAUCGGCCGGACCCUCGACCCGGGGAUGGAUCUCCUCAGCAGUUCGCUACCCAUCCUGCGUCAGCUCAGUGCCCAGUCCGGUGCCCAGAUGGCGAAGCAGGGCGACUUUUCCAUGUUAUACGUCUGGAUGGGGCUGGAGACGAGGAGGUUCCUCCAAGCGAGCAUUGAAGAUGUUGAGCGAUGCGUCAAGUACGAUCUCCUUUCUCCUAAUGUAUGAAUACCACGAUAGAGAAGAUGUAAUUGUAGAUAGAUAGCAUGAGGCUUGUUAUUCGGGGGCAAACGGGUGUCCAUCCUUCCGCUCACGCCCUGUUGAAAUGGAGAAGUGCCUGGUGGGUCUUGGUUUGCGUGGCACCUCAGUCAAAUAAUUGCUCGAUAUAUUUCUUUUCCUCUCACUGCCUUUGACACAAACCCUGAAUUUAACCUGCCUCUUAUUGCG